CGGCAGCGCUUUAAUGCACCGCUGUUGUGCUCCAUUUUGUGUCGCUCUGCUUGUUUCCGGGUUUCCGAGAAGAGAGCGAUAAAACGGUGUCAGCAGGGAGUAUGGCUCUGCUGGCAGGUCAGGAGGGCAGGUAAAGUUUUCUAUAGCUACCCAAAACUGAUAAAAAGUGGUUCUCAGACGCGCCCAGCACUUUGUUUAAUGCACUAUUUAUCUCAAAGACCUCUUGCGGACAGAGUUUGCAGGCAGCCGGACUGCGCUGACAUUGACAGCUGGAAAGUAAACAGCUCGGUGCAAAGCAGCUAACUGCGGCUAGCUCCAGUGAACCCGCCGCUAGCCGAUCUGUUGAAACCAUCGACAGCUAGCUAGCUAACCUGCUAGUGUCGCUGGUAACUUACGCCAGCACAGCUCACCAGCACCCUCCCAUCAUUUUUUUUGGAAGGGGGGUCAGACUCUCCCCUACGAAGGAUUUCUACAUCGACACUUCCCAUUCAUGUUGUUUAGGAGGACGAGACUAGCAAACAUCCGCUUGUUCGAGCCAGGGAGCCAGCGUAUUGUUCCAGCAGAGACGGUGAAGUCACCGGCCUUUACCCCACACAGAACGGUGCCAACGCAGAGUCAGGAUGCCUAUUCCUCCCCCUCCUCCUCCUCCAGGACCCCCACCCCCUCCAACCUUCCAUGAGGCAAACACAGCUCCUCCCAAACUGAGCUCAUCUGAGGCAAAAGGCAGAGGAGCGCUGCUGUCAGACAUCCACAAAGGCGCCAAGCUAAAGAAGGUCGGCCAGGUCAAUGACCGGAGUGCUCCUGUUAUAGAGAAAUCUGGAGGUGGUGGUGGAGGUGGUGGAGGUGGCGGUUUUGGAGGUGGAGCCCCAAAGGGAAUGGGCGGCCUUUUCCAAGGAGGUGUGCCAAAGUUACGGCCAAUUGGAGACGGUCCUGCUGGUGGUUCAUUGGGCAGAUCUGCGCUACGCCCCCCGGGGUCCCGGUCAGCAGCUCCUCGUCCUCCCACAGGCCGGUCCACCUCACCGUCACCCCCCAACAAGCCCUCUCCACCAGAACAUUCACGCUCACACCGCCCCUCGCUGCCUGACAUAUCCCACUCCUCCAGCGGUAGCAGUGGGAUGAAGCACAGCACCUCUGCACCACCGCCUCCACCACCCUUUAACAGAGGUGGCCGUGGAAAUGCCCCACCUACCCCAAGCCAGAAAGCAUCUCUUGCACCUUCCUCAUCCUCUUACAGCAGAGAGAAACCCCUUCCACCAACACCUGGAAGAGGCCCAGCCCCGCCCAGCAACGUAAAACCUCUGUCCUCCAGCAGACCACCUACUGGAGGCUCUUCUGCUCCUCCUCCUCCCCCGCCAUACAGACCACACACAUCUGGUGGUGUCUCUAAUGGGCCAUCCCACGGCGAUGGAGGUGGAGCUCCAGAGCUUCCCCAGAGGAAUAACUCCCUUCAUAAAAAACACACAUCAGGAGGCAGCAACCAAGGACGCAGCCAUGCCCCACCACCACCUCCAUCAUUAUCAUCGUCAUCCUCUUCUCAGCAGUCUAACAGACCACCUCCACCUGUCAGAGAUCCACCUGGACGCAGAACAGCUCCCCAGGCGCCCACCCCUGGGUCUCGUAAUGGCAAUCGGGAUGCCCCUCCUCCCCCACCCCCUUACCGUGGCCAUAGCUCAGACUCCAGAGGCAAUAAACCACCACCUCCUCCUUCCUCUUCCUCCAUCUCAUCUUCCUCCUCACGAACCCCAGCUGGACCCCCUCCUCCACCCCCGCCAGUCCGGAAUGGUUACUCCUCCAGCUCCUCCUCCAAGUCCAUCAUAGAUGAUUUUGAAUCCAAGUUCAACUUCCACCCUAUUGAAGACCUUCCACCUCCAGAGGAGUACAGGCCUAUCAACAAGGUCUACCCCAGCAAGACCAACACGGCCGUAAGAGGAGCUCCUCCAGCGCCGCCAGUGGGCAGGUGAACAGACCUCAGUUCGGGACUUGAACUGUGUCGUUGAGGAGGAAGCGGUGAAGCACUCGAAUCAUAAACACACUACAUCACAAACAUACACUAACAUUGAGCCACCAGCUGGAAGCAUCAAGGUGAACACAAAGGAAACACUACUACACCACGCAGGUUUGACACUACUCAGCGGUCACUUUCAGUCUUUGCACGAGAGAACAAAAACCACUGCCUGGGACCACUUUGAUGACGACUCUGCUGACUGAAUGCAGAGGCUU